UGUUCAUAGAAUAUUAAUUUUCCUUCCUUAAAGUUUUCACUUAAAAUUGUAAAUAGCCCACAUAUAUCCAUAGAAUGCUUUUCACUUUUCAAUGUGCAUUUACAUCUGUUUUAAUUUAUGCAUUAGCUCCUAAGCAGGGCAGAUACUACGAUCACCUUUUGGCAGAGGAAGAAAUUGAGGUCGAGAGAGGUUAAGUGCCUUGGUAACAUCAAACAGCUAAUUGGAAAGCGAGUUGCAAAUACAAGAUCUGACUUGUAACCUAGAGAAUCACUUGCUUUCCAUUCCCACUAUAAUAGAACCAUUCAUCACUUGUUACAUUACCACGAAUUCUCAACUUGCUCAUGUCACCCUGAGAUGGCAAAGUGUGUUGAAGUCAAAUGACGACAUGUCAGACACUCAAUUUAAGCUUUAUUCCUUGAAAUGACUUGAACUUCUCUGGAGGGGUCCCCUCCUCUGGCUCCUGGUGAAGCGCUACGUGGAUGGCUGAGGUGAAUCACACUUUGGUGACUGAGUUCUUCCUCGUUGCCUUCACUGAGCACCCCGAGUGGGGGCUUCCCCUCUGCCUGGUGUUUUUGAGUUUCUAUCUCACCACUCUGCUGGGGAACGCUGGGAUGAUCCUCCUGAUCCGCAAAGAUCGCCGACUCCACACUCCCAUGUACUUCUUCCUCAGCCACCUUGCCUUUGUGGACAUCUGCUACUCCUCUGUCAUCGUCCCUCAGAUGCUGGCCGUGCUGUGGGAACACGGCCUGGCCAUCUCCCAAGCUCACUGUGCCACUCAGUUCUUCCUCUUCACCUUCUUUGCUUCUAUUGACUGCUACCUCCUGGCCAUCAUGGCCUAUGACCGCUAUGUGGCCAUGUGCCAACCGCUGCUCUACGUCACCAUCAUGACCGAGAAGACCCGCGUGGGCUUGGUAGCCGGGGCUUAUGUGGCCGGUUUUGCCAGUGGCUUCAUUCGAACAGUGACGGCCUUCACUCUCUCCUUCUGCGGGAACAGUGAGAUUGACUUCAUUUUCUGUGACCUCCCUCCUCUGCUAAAACUCAGUUGUGGGGACAGCUACACCCAGGAAGUGGUGAUUGUCGUGUUCGCCAUUUUCGUGAUGCCUGCCUGCAUCCUGGUCAUCUUGGUGUCCUACCUGUUUAUCAUCGUGGCCGUCAUGAGGAUGCGCUCCGCUGGAGGCCGGGCCAAGACCUUCUCCACCUGCACCUCCCACCUCACUGCUGUCGCUCUCUUCUUUGGAACCCUCAUCUUCAUGUAUCUGAGAGAUAAUUCAGGCCAGUCCUCGGAGGGCGACAGGGUGGUGUCUGUGCUCUACACAGUGGUGACUCCAAUGUUGAACCCCCUCAUCUAUAGUCUGAGGAAUAAGGAGGUCAAGGAGGCAGUUAUGAAAUUCUUGAGCAGAUCAAAGGUUUCCAGAAGGCCCUAGCCAGACCCCUGUGAAAUAUGUCAUUUCCCAGUUUCUCCAUCCUUCCCGUCAUUUCUCAAAUGUCACCUUCUCAGGAAGGCUUUCCUGCACUAUUCUAGUAAAAAAUCGCACCUAAUUACACUCUUAUUAUUCUAUGUAAUGUUUGUCAUAAAUGGACAUACUAGAUGUUUUAUAUGUUUGAUAUUGUCUGAUACUCACAACUGGAAAGUAAUUGACAUGAGACAAACAUGUUUUCAUACUCAGGGCUUAGCAAAGA